AAAUGAUGGCAACAGUCAGUCGAAUGAAGACGAUCAACCGCUUACCAUCAACUUCAUUCGAUCAAUGAUUUAUUAAUCUAUUGUAACUAUUUUAUUAUACUAAUAAUACAAACCAAUCAUUAACUCAAAAAUGACUCAAGGAUUGUCAGUGAUGGAAAAACCGCUUUCGCUUUCUUCAACAAGCCGUCGUCAUUUACAUCCCCGAAAAAUUAUAAUUGCAUCCUUUUUCGGUGUGACAGUAUCAAGUUUACUUCUCUUCAUUAUAUUUUGGUGCACCAACUUAUUUCAAAAUACUAUACUGUCGAGUUUAGUGGUGAAAAAUGGCUCGCCGAUGCUCGAAUGGUUUAUCAGGCCUCCUAUACGUGCUGUUUACAAAAUACGUAUUUUUAAUUACACCAACGUAAUAGAUUACCAACGUGGAAAAGCGAAGAAAUUGAAGGUCCAGGAAACGGGGCCUUAUAUUUACCGAGAAACACUUACGCGUGUUAAUUAUACCUUUAACAGUGACGGAAGCAUUAAUUUCAAGGAAAAACGCUCUUAUCAGUGGGAAGGCGGAAGUCCCGAUGAUGAAAUAGUUACGGUGCCAAAUGUGCCUCUCUUGGCUUCAAUGGCUACCAUGAGAGAUACACCUUUCUUCGCUCAAUUGGCAUUCACUGGUUUAUUAUCUACCCUGCAGUCUAACACUUUCUUAUCUCUGCCAGUCAAUGGAUUACUCUGGGGAUACGAUGACAAAAUAUUUGAAUUCGUAAAACCAUUUAUUUCGCACAAUAAUAUUCCGUUCGAUAAAUUUGGUCUUCUUGCUUUUAAAAAUGGAAUCUCACCUGAUGUAAUCACGAUGAAUUCUGGAAUCAACGAUUUGAGUGAGUACAGUAUGAUCCAGUCAAUAAACGGGAAGAAACACACAAAAAUCUGGAACGAUAAAAAAUGCGACAAAAUUUACGGCACGCAGGGUUAUACAUUUCCAUUGAAGAUGUUCCAAGGGCCUAAUAAAACUUUGGAGGUGUAUUCAGGUGAGAUGUGCCGCACUCUGUAUCUUCGUAAUGUAGGAACUGGCUCGUCCUUUGGAAUUCCAUCUUUAACGUUCAAACCUGUUGAAGAUAUAUUCGAUUAUUCAUCAGGCAACAACCGUUGCUAUUGUCCAGAAUCAACUCCAGGUGUUGAGUCCUCAAGAAUUUGCCCUCCGAAUGGAUUGUUCAACAGCUCGGCUUGUCUAUUCAACAUGCCAUUUUUGACGUCUUUUCCACAUUUUUACUCUGGAGACAAAAUUUUACAAAAUAAUGUUGAUGGUCUAAAUCCUCAAGCUGAAUUGCAUGAAUCUCAUGUUGAACUUCAUCCGAGAUUAGGAGUACUGAUCGGCGGAGCAUCGCGAAUUCAAUUGAACAUUGAAGCACGUCGUGCUGUAGGAGUACCAUUCCACGGAGGACUCGAUGAUGGUCAAAUAUUACCACUCUUAUGGAUUGAAUUAACAAUAGACGACAUUUCAGAGCCAUUACUCAGUAGUCUAAAGCGCGGAUAUUACACGGUAGCUGCUGUCGAAACUGGUAUCCAGUGGGGUAGUAUAAUAGCUUUUAUAUUGUCAACAUGUGGAUUGAUGCACGUAUGGAGAAAACAGAAAAAAGAAUCAGCUUCGAGGACUAUAAAUCUUUCAAAUAGCCCUCAAGAUUCUGCUAAACCACACGACGAGAGUGAAUUAGCAUCAGUAAAAAUUAGUUCAUAGACCAUAUGCAUUAUAAACUCUUCACAUAUUUUGUAUUAAAGAGAUACAUGUUUGUUAUAAAUAUCGUCUUCCAUAUCAACGAAUUUAAAAUGAUUUAUCAUUUUUUCAGCUGCUUUUAGGAUUUAUCUUUUAUGAUUAUUUUCUUCUCAGGGGAUGAUUAAUAUAUAUCUUCUUAGCUUAACUGGGUAUACAAGAGUAGAUAAUCAGUGAUAAGACUGUUAAUUUUAGUGUAUGCCAGAUUUAGUUGUCAGUUAUUUAAUUUAUACUUCUGAUUGAUGAGUAUUUUGUCAUAUAGUUAGUAAUAACUGAUUAAUAUGAAAGUAUAAUUAUUUGUUUUGUAAAAUAUUAAUAUUAAUAAAGUUAACUUUAUUUUAAAA